CACUGCUUAGCUGACAGACUCAGGAGUAAGACAAGCCAAGAUUAAAAAGUGAAACGGGCAUGUGACACUCUACAGGAAUUAUCUGCACUCUGGCAUUUUUACAGUGCAUGAGAAGCAGAACUCACAACACCUACCUGUUGAGAUGGAAAAUACUACGCUCUCUCUCAAAGUAAACACCUUCCUGACAACAGAGUUGAACAACUCGUCAUCAUCAACCAAGAAUGAGGGACCCUUCGGUGAAACAGUGAUGAUCUUACUGAGCAUAAUCAUGUCUCUACUCGUUUUCUCCAUUGUCUUUGGAAACAUCCUAGUCAUAACCGCCAUUGCCCGCUUUCAACGUCUACAGAGUGUCACCAACUGCUUCAUCACAUCCUUGGCCUGUGCUGACCUGGUCAUGGGUCUUAUUGUUGUUCCAUUUGGUGCCUGUAACAUAAUUUUUGAUAAAUGGCACUUUGGUUCACUCUGGUGUGAUUUCUGGACAGCUACUGAUGUCCUUUGUGUGACUGCCAGCAUUGAGACAUUGUGUGUUAUAGCCCUAGACCGGUAUUUGGCCAUUACUUCACCCUUUCGCUACCAGUCAAUGUUAACAAAGUGCAAAGCUCGAGUUUUGAUUCUUCUGGUGUGGGUGAUUGCUGCAACUAUAUCCUAUCCUCCCAUCCACAUGAAAUGGGGGGCACGUAAUGAUAGUGAAGCUAUAGAAUGCUUUAAAAGAAAUGACUGCUGUGAGUUUCAUGUCACUCCGCCUUAUGCCAUCACCUCCUCUAUCAUCUCAUUCUACAUCCCUUUGGUCAUCAUGGUUUUUGUGUACAGCCGUGUUUUCCAGGAAGCCAGGCAACAAUUGAAAAAGAUAUACCAAACUGUUGGACGCUUUCAUAAUACUGACAACAGUGACUUGAAGACUCUAGAAUCUAACAAUGGACGGGGACUAAAAAAGGCAAAGUUUUCCUUCAGAGAACAUAAAGCCCUAAAGACUCUCGGUAUAAUCAUGGGGGUGUUCACCCUUUGUUGGCUGCCAUUCUUUUUGCUCAACGUGGUGGUAGCCAUUACAGACAUGGAACUCAAAAAACCCUUCAAGAUACUCAAUUGGUUAGGUUAUUCAAACUCUGCCUUCAAUCCACUUAUUUACUGCCGGAGUCCUGAGUUCAGGUACGCCUUCAAGGAAAUCCUCUGCCCAAACAGGAACCAACUCAGCAACCCAGGACCAGUCAACGGAUAUGUGUACACCCGCAACAGCUGGCAUAGUGAACUGCAGGGACGAAGUAAGGGCAGCUCUGAUGAUAGUGAUGCCAAUGAAAGGUCUUUGGGGAAGGUGUCAGAGGUCUGUGGUGGAGAGGUCAAAGCCAUGGAUCCUAAUGGAAACUGCAACAAAAGCCUAGCAACUGUAACGACAAGCCUGUAGAGUUGGAGCUCUGAGACUUCAGUCAUCAAGGAAAUCCAGAUGUGUUUACACUGUCCUCAUGAACUUGUUUCCCCAAUUGACCAUUGAAGGUAAGGCCAGUCAAAGUGACUGGCUAACUGCAAUGAUCCUCUUGAGCUGAGGAACAUAUUUAUUUUCCCAUCAUUUCCACAUUUAAUACUGUAGAAAGACGAUUUUUUAUUUUUCCAUACGCUUCCAUAAGGUUUCAUUAAGCUACCUCUUAUCUGCUUUACAAUAUUUUUGUGUUAUCUGUCUUUUACAUUAUGCUCAUGAUAAAGAGCAGUGUCUCAGAUGUUUUUUUCACCAUAUAAAAUGUUGUGUCAUGUUCUGCCUACGUUAAAAGUAAAUUAGUGUAAACGGGUCACUUUAAUUUGAAUGUGACAGCUUGGCUUUCAAACAAAAAGAACCUGUUGACUGGCAUCAACAGUUUGCAAGCUGACGGGUUGCACCACAUUGUUGCAGUACAGUAUCUUCCGAUCUGUUAAGAUAACAACCUGCCAUAUUUCUGUGUGUAUUUUUGUCUGACUGUGGCAGCGUUAAAGAUCGGUAACAUGUGAAAUCGUAGACACAUUUCCUGUUCUUGCAUCUGACCUGCGGUUGCAUUAGAGUCUGCAGUCUGCUGAACACUUCACUGUUACGUGCUCUCAGAGAUUGGGAUUUUCCCAUUAAGCAGAGCAACGCCUGUAGUUACACUCUGUUAAUGCUAUGACAAAACUAUAAAGUGUGUGUUUACAAAACCCCAAAGAUAUCUGAUAUCUUUUGGUGGAAUGCAACAGGCAUUAUGCUUUAAGAUAAAAAAUUCUGACAGUUUUUAAAAUGUUAUUUUUUUGACUGAAUUUUAAAGUUUGCAACUGGACAGUCAUUUUGUCAGUUGGCUCAAAUGUGCAGCAAGCCACUGCAUAAGAGUCAGAAAAAAAUAUUAAUAUUUUCUGUCCUCUCUGUGAAGCAGUAGCUUUGUUCCUUUUCUGGCACAAGCCUUGCUAAUUGAAAAAAAAAAAUGUGGUUGCUGUGUUUCAGUACAUCUAGUGUUUACUGCAACCAGAGAGACUGUUUCCUCAUCGUGCAAGGGUACAAACCACACAUAAUAAUAAUGAUAAUAAACAGGGCGUCAACAGUUUCAGGGCCAAGACACAGAGCCGGUCACUGUACAGCAAUAAACAUUGGAUAAAAAAACAGCCCUAGCUUCUAAAUGGCAUACCUUUGCCACAGCCUUGUGACAUUUCCCAGAUUGUUCCCAGUUUGGGAGAACGUUUGUUUAUGUCUGAAAUCAACGAAACAUUUGAAAAAGACAUUCAUGAGUCCACAGAGCCGCGUCUUAGCUGCUGCGGUUGUUUCAGUCAGUUUCUGUCAGUCUCCUCUUAAACGUUCUAGGUGUGCAGUCCCCAGGAAACGCCUCAAUCCAGCUGAGCCAGGUCCCAGUAAACAUGAAUAAACACAUUAUCUUUGCUGCUUAGUUCGAGAAUUAGAUAACUCCCUCCUUAAAAAAGCAACAUUGAAAUGGAUUAGUAGAUUACCAAGUGUUAGAGUUUCUAAUUUGCAGGGUAGGAUGAGAUUCAAAUGGCCAUCCUCAAAUAAUACUUUGCUUCUUAUCACACAAAUUAAGACUGCAUGCUCAUGGGAGUGUCUACUCUUCACUUACAUUGGGUAUAAUGGAUAUUGAGCACUUAGAUGAAAGGAUUGUAAUUCAAGAAGUCACACUCUUUUCUUCAGAUUAAAUUGUUUCACAAAUCAUUAGGCCAAAUAGAGGUAGCAGAGGUCUAAAAUAAUUUUCCUGGGUCAGCUCUGUAGUCUCUAGUACAAUUGGAUCAAAGGAACAACACACUAAAAUUAGGUUCUGGAGACGGGAAGGGGACCUGGGAUUCUCUGCCAGUCUUGAUGCUAGUGACCAGUCUUUUAGUGCAUGUAGUAUUGCCUUUUUGUGGAUUUGGAUCAGCUGACACUGUCAAAAACUUUGGACUUUGUUCCUUCAGAGGAAAUCUUUAUGUACUGUAUCGACAGUUUGAGUCAGUGCUCUUAUCGUUGAUCCCUGGUCGAAGACAUAAAUACGCGGUCGCUGUACGUCAGUGUAUGCCAUGUGAAAAACAAGGUUUCCUGGCUGUUGAUCCUUUUCUUGCUGUUUUUUCUUCUGUGCAGAUUUGCAGCUAAAUAAAUGCAGGGGUUGAAUGUCAAAACACAGGUUCCUGAGCAAAACUUUCCCAACAUUUUCACUGUAAGGCAUGCUGACAUCACACAUCUGCUAAAAGUAUUAGGCCAAGUCUUGAAUGUGCUUUUUUUAAUGUAUUGUUAGUUUGAUCAUGGAUUGGCACUAGAUUAGAGAAUGCUGCUUUUUACUUACUUAGACAUAUAAUUUUGUAAGUACAGUGAAAGUGAUUGUGUGCAUGUCUGUUAUAUAUUCGUGGUGUCAUAUUUGUAGACUUCUGCAAGUUCCCUUUGCACACUGACCUGUUUCAGGCCAAGCUCUGCGGGCUUUCAACUAAAAUUCCACACUGCACCCUCCUGGCGGUGGCCUAUCUUUGCACCUCAGCCGUUUCUCUAUUAUAAAUGGUUACUGUUUUAUCAAUACUCCUGUAUAAUUGGGAACGUAAUUCAUGCCUUCGCAUCCUCAGUGCUUGAGGACGCAACACUAUGUCCAAUGAGUCUUGAAUAAUGAGCUGACACUACAACAUUCCAAGCACAGCUGCUGUUUUAUAUCAUGCUUACGACGCACAUUCAGUUCCCCCUGCCAAGUCCUGGCUCAAAUUACCCGCUGAUGUACAUCUACUAGCUUUGCUAAGACAAAAAGAUUAUGUUUUAAAAGGAUUACAGGUUACAGAACAGACCAGUUUGUAUUACCCUUUGGCCUAUUAAGUAAAUAUCCUGCAUAUUUCAAUGUUAUAGACUACACUGUAUAUGAUGGACUGAUGUGUUAAUUUAAUUAAAGUUUAGGUGGGGUAAUUAAAAUGUUAUCCUCAAGGAUUCAUGUUUGUUUUUAAGGAAUUACAUUCCUUUGUUCAACAAGUACUGGUUUAAGAAAAGUCAUUAACCAGUCUACAGCAGCGCUGUAUAGCACUUUUCACAUAUUUGAACACACAUUUAAGAUCAUUAAAAUGUAUUCCCAUUGGCAUGAACAAUAAUAUUUCUAUUCUGAAAUAAAAUAAAAAGUUGUCAGAAAGGCAGAUUAUUUAGAGAAAUGUAUUCAAAUGUUCUAUAAAAGUUCUAUAAACGAGCAAACCUGUUAUAUGUGAACAUUUUUUUUUAGAAGGGGUCAGAGUGAGAACAUUAUCACUCAGCUGAAUGUUUACUAAAUGUUUGCAAGCUAUUUUCGCACAAAUUCUUGUCAUUGUUUGGUCUUGGAGCUUGUUAUAUUAAGUGGUUCCUUGUGGUAUUUAUUUAAAGAAAAAAACAAGUUUGUGAUGUAACAUUUUUAUUGAAAUAAAUUAUGUACAUGAUGCAAGUGA